AUGGCGCGCGAGAAGGACUCAGACGUACCACAACCGGGCCCGGCAGCCCUCACGUCGAACGCCGGACCGGAUGAAUGGCUCGCGCAAGCCCGUCUGUGCCGCUAUCUCCCCGAAUCCGACAUGAAGAAACUCUGCGAGAUCGUCAAAGAAUGCCUCAUGGAGGAAUCCAACAUCCAGCCUGUUGAAGCUCCGGUAACGGUAUGCGGGGAUAUACACGGGCAGUUCUACGAUCUGCUCGAACUCUUCAAUGUGGCAGGCGGCAUGCCAGGCGAGGCGGAUCAGCGAGCGGCAGAGAAAGCCGCAGGCGAGAGGGAACGGGCGGCAGCAAAAGCAAAGAGGAGCAGCACGAGCGGCGGCGGAGCGUCAACUGCGAUCAAUGCUGCAGACAUCGAGCCGCCGACACAAAUCAGUGAUCCGAAGGUCAAGAGGAAGAUGAAGAGGAGGUUCCAACGGGAUAGUGCCUACACUUCCUCUGCAUCAAAUGACGGAUCAGAAAUGGGCGCAGACGACGAAGAAGAGCAGAGAGGAAGAGUGCGAAGUAGAAGCAUGGGCGAAGGCGAGGGCGAGGCCGAUGAAGACGAAGAAUACGUUGACGACGAUGAUGAAGGUAGCGAGGACAGUGGCGUUGGUGUUAGAAGCCCUGAGCCAAGUCGGAGUAAGAGCGUGGCCAAGAGCAACAAGGUCAAUCAUGCGACUGGCAAUCAAAACUUCGUAUUCCUGGGAGACUUUGUGGACCGAGGGUAUUUCUCGCUGGAGACAUUCACUCUACUGAUGUGUCUCAAAGCCAAGUAAGUCUAGCAUGACGGCAAGUAUGUUUGAAGUGCUAACAUGCCUUCUAGAUAUCCCGACAAGGUCACGCUCGUUCGCGGAAACCAUGAAUCCCGCCAGAUCACCCAAGUGUACGGCUUCUACGAAGAGUGCCAGCAGAAGUACGGCAACGCGAGCGUGUGGAAGUCCUGCUGUCAAGUCUUCGACUUCCUUGCGUUAGCAGCCAUAAUUGACGGCAAAGUGCUGUGCGUCCACGGCGGUCUGUCGCCCGAGAUCAGGACGCUGGAUCAGAUCCGAGUAGUUGCCAGAGCCCAGGAGAUCCCUCACGAGGGUGCUUUCUGUGAUCUUGUGUGGAGUGACCCAGAAGAUGUCGACACGUGGGCGGUCAGUCCGAGAGGAGCUGGGUGGUUGUUUGGAGACAAAGUCUCCAGCGAGGUAAGCACAUACUCCAUGCUGCCCUGCGCGUAAGCAUCACUGACGUCUGCUGGCGUAGUUCAACCACGUAAACAAUCUACAGCUCAUCGCUCGCGCACAUCAGCUGGUCAACGAAGGGUACAAGUAUCACUUCGCCUCACAAGACGUCGUCACUGUCUGGUCCGCACCGAAUUAUUGCUACCGCUGCGGCAACGUCGCUAGCAUCAUGACUCUUGGAGAAGAUUUGCAGCCAGAUUUCAAGAUCUUCAGUGCAGUGCCGGAUCACAGACGAGCCGUACCAGCGGGCAGACAAGGCAGGGGUGAAUACUUUUUGUAA